CAAUGGAAUAAGAAGAGCGGAAGGGCGCUGACACGAUAUCGCUUGCCGUCGCAGUUUGCACACCUUUUCGCCUGAGUUUCGUGAUAUAUUCGUUUUCCGGACCGGUGUGCACGUUCCAUCCCCGUUUCGUGCCCCGUUUCGAUUCUGUUAGUAAUUUUCAGUUAGGCCAUUCACUGGGGUUGAACUUCCGGUGCUUUCAUCUGCGCGAUUGUGCAGUAAUCAUUUCAGCGGAGCAGACAGCAAGUGUGGAUACCCCGUUCGGAUCGCAGCGCCAAGGUAACUCGUGGUUAUAGCACCGCGAUUCGAUCCGCGAUCGCUGUUCAUCCAUAGCAACCCGUAGCUUUGCGGAACCGCCUAGUACCCACUAGGUUCGCCUCGAAACAGUGAUCUUUAAACAGCUUGUCAAGCAAACUGCUCGUAAAGGUUAAACUUGUUGAGUAAAGCGGAAGGUCAAAUGGCUUCAAGUGAUCGGUUAUCCACUGAGCCCAUCAAGCUAUCUCACCGAUCCCGAAAGCGCGUUCGAGAGGUAAAACGAAAGGCGAGGCCAGAACUUUCGGAUUCAUCGGCAUGGGUUCAGCUGGAGUAUCAUAAAACGUUCGAUACAUUUCGCCACUUCGAGGAUAACGUUGAGCGAAUUCAUGUGGGCAAAGUUAGUCCGAAUGAGUUCAUUGAGCGGUUCGAACGCAUAUAUCAACCGGUAGUUAUCGAAGGCAUGCAGGAAGGAUGGAAGGCCGAACACAAGUGGACGCUGGAACGGCUUGCCAAGAAGUAUCGCAAUCAAAAUUUCAAAUGUGGCGAAGAUAAUGACGGCUAUAGUGUGAAAAUGAAAAUGAAAUAUUACGUCGAGUACAUGCGCACGACUUCGGAUGAUAGUCCCUUGUAUAUUUUUGAUAGCAGCUUUGGCGAGCAUCACCGCCGGCGCAAGCUUUUGGAAGACUACGAGGUUCCUGUCUAUUUUAGAGAUGAUCUGUUCAAGCAUGUUGGGGAGGAGCGCCGCCCGCCGUAUAGAUGGUUUGUAAUGGGACCAGCACGUUCCGGCACCGGAAUACAUAUCGAUCCCCUCGGUACCAGCGCUUGGAAUGCGCUCGUGCAUGGCCAUAAGCGAUGGUGUCUGUUCCCCACGCAUACACCGAAAGAAUUGCUUAAGGUUACUGGUUCCAUCGGAGGGAAGCAGCGUGACGAAGCAAUCACCUGGUUUAGCCUCAUUUACCCUCGAACGAAGCGCAUCGAUUGGCCAAGUGAUUGCAAACCGCUGGAAAUACUUCAGAAGCCGGGUGAAACGGUGUUCGUACCGGGUGGCUGGUGGCACGUGGUCCUUAACCUCGACGAUACGGUUGCCGUGACGCAAAACUUUUGCAGUCGUACUAAUUUCCCCGUCGUUUGGCAUAAAACUGUGCGCGGUCGGCCGAAGCUGUCCAACAAAUGGUUUAAAAUGCUGCAAGUGUUCGAGCCAGAGUUGGCUAAAAUUGCAUCGGAUAUGGAUCUUGCCCAGGGCACUGGUGUUGCGUCCGACAGCUCGAGCAACUCUAGCUCAUCGUCUUCCAGCUCGAGCAGUGACGAAAGUGAUACUAACUCGAACACCGACAGCGGCCAAGAGUCAAUUUCGGCACACAAGCUUAAGAAGCGCCGAAAAGAGGAAGAGACUGAGCAAGCCAUGGCUUGAUUGUUGCCUUCCUCUGCUUCCGCUGUACCUCCAGUGUGUAUCCAGGUGGUGCAGGAGGGUUCGUGACAAAUAGUUUGUAAUUAAAUUGCGCACUUUAUUUGUUCAGUUGAGGAAGCGAUUAGCCCAAAGUACGAAUUGGCUACCGAUCAAUGGCAAUCAUUUUUGCUUUUGCUAAAAAUAAGGCUCACUCAAAUGGAAAUUCGGGUUAUUUGACUAGGUGGUAGCUCACGGUCGCGUGUAGCUGUAGCUUUGCAUCCGCUUCCUACAAUCAGUCCGCCAAUAUGGAAACCAAUUUUGAGAUUUUGAAUUUCGUGCGUAGGAUAUUAAACAUUUCAGUGUGUUGUUUAAGUUAUUGGAGGGUAUUUAAACCAAAAACAUACAAAUUUAACUAAUACUUGCACGGUUGAUAUAGAUAAUUCGGCGGGGAAUACUGUGCCUUUAGCGGAAUGUAGGCAAAUAAGAAGACGAACGAAUUCAUGGAUGUGUGAAUUAGUUGAUCGCAUAGCAUAACGAGCAGUAUGAGUUCUUAUCCCGCAAAGAGCUGUAUUCCUGUAGCAAACAUGUGGUGCAGGUAUUUAGAGUAAGGCAUUCUAAAUACUAGCAGCAAACGUUUGCUGCAGGAAUUUGAGAUCAUUCAUAGUAGAACGAAUCAGCCUGGUUUUCUUACGGAAAGGUUGUGUCGAGGGCAUUAGUGGAUUAGUGAUAUCCAGCGGAAAUAGUUAUGGAUAGGUCGCCUCACCGACGAGAAUGUAAAGUAGGAAUUUUUGAGAAACAGGGACAGUUUCAAACAGGUUAAUGGGACUGAUGUAUGCGGUUGUCAUUAGACCACCCAAAAGCUCAUUCAGUAUAUUAACAUACAGCUAUAUACUCAAUUUAAAAAAAAUUAAAAAAAAACAUCUAAGAAUAGUCUAGGAUGCCGCUCUGACGGCAUUCGAAACACGAAGGUUCCAAACUAAGCUUAGGAAUAUCGCCAAGAACAGCCCGCUGAGGUUGCCAAUAACAGGACCGGGUAAAGAUUGCAGAGGGGUUUUUAUUGCUAUCGCGGCACAAACCCUACUGCGGCUUCUGGUACCAUAUAGUAGCAAAAUGAAGUAUUUAUAUAAUAAAGCGAAAACAUGUAUGGACUCUUCA